AUGACGAAUCAAAUUGUUUCCCAUGAAGAUUCUAAUAGUAGUUUUAUCAAGGAUGUUGUAUUUUUCAAAAUCAAUUUUACCGAAUGGUUAAGCGAAUUAUGUAAAAAAUGGGGUGCUAUUGUUUAUGAUCAUACAGGAAAAGUAAUGAUUUCCGCUUUCUGUUUAUUUCUUUUGACUUUAAUUGGAUUUGUUCCUGGAAUUCCAAAUUGGCUCGAAGGCGCUUUUAAUUUAUAUACACUGCCUAAUACCGAGGCGCAAAAAGGUAUGAUAAUUCACGAAACGGUGUUUAAUUCUACAUUGUCGCUACCAAAUUUUUUGAUUAUUACUACUGACCCUCCUGGCGCCAAUUUAUUAACAUGGGAAAACCUAGAAAAAGUUCAGGAAAUUGAUAAUUUGAUAAGAGGACGCAUUUUAGAUCCAAUAGAUGGAAAAAGAAUCGCAUUACCGGCUCUUGAUAAAUAUUUACCUAAUCAAACUUCGAAAGGAACAAUAGAUAUUAACAAUUAUGACACUCCUUACGCGAAGCACGGGUAUAAUUUACAGAAAUACCGCUCCAAAGUUCAUAAACACAACAUUUAUGAAGAUGAUUACUAUUUAACUUUUGAAGAUAUUUGUUAUAUAAGUCCAUUUGGAAAAUGUCAAAUCAUUUCUAUAUUUGAAAUGGGUAUAUGGGAUAUCAAAAAAAUGCUUCCUAAAAAUGCGCCUCCAGAACUUUAUAUAAUGAACGGAUACAUUUUUAAUUCGGAAAAAAAAGCAUUCAUUCCUGAUUUUGUGCUGGGAAAUUACACUAGCUUUGAGUGUGAACGUGAGUUUCCUACUUCUGUAUUAUUGAAUUUGUACUCGAUGAACGAGUUGAGGCCGGGAAGUGAUUCAAACAAUUCAAUUGUGACAUUAGACUGUGUCACUUCCGUUGAAGCUUUUAAUUUUAUUUAUGAAUUACAUGACAAGCCUGAAUAUAGAAUUCGUAACUUUGCCUGGAUGGACAUAUUCUACGAUGUGUUAAGAAAGAAUAAACAUUAUGAUGGAUUGUUAUUAUCCGCAAAUUCUUUUAAGUCUAGAGAUGAUGAAUUGAGAAAUAGUACUAGUGAAAGUAAAGAUCUAAUAUUCGUAGUUUUUACUUUCUUAUCAGUCAUUGCUUAUACUGCCUUUAUGAAUUUUAGUAUUGAUUUAUACAAAAAUAAAUCCAUCGCAGCGUUUGCAGGAUCACUAAGUGCGUUAUUAGGAAUCGUAUCGGGUUUUGGCUUUAGCAGUCUUGUUGGCGUUUCUUUUGUUCCUACUGCACUUGUCAUGCCAUUUUUAAUAAUGGGUAUAGGUACUGAUGACAUUUUCGUUAUAAUAAAUAACUACUCUUUGACUUACUUUGAACCAACGCCUCGUAAAAGAUGUACAGCUACGAUGAAAGAUUGUGGUGUCAGUAUUAUUUUAACAAAACUAACUUCUCUGAUUGCUUUCGCUGUUGGAAUUAAUAGUCCAUACAUUAGUAUACGAAACUUUUGUAUUUUUUCAAUGAACGGUUUGCUUUUCAGCGUCUUUUACGAGUUAACAAUUUUUCUUGGCGUUUUAUUUUAUGAAGCCCGCCGUGAAUUUGUUAGAACUACAAAAGUCUUUUCCUCUAAAGCAAGUAGAAAAAAUGUUGAAAUGAUGGAAAAUACAAAUGCUAUAUCUACAUAUAAAAACGAACUCACCUGUUAUGAUGUGAUAAACGCGAAAGUCAAUAAAGAUUACGCAGAUUCUACUAAAUUCAAACCUAUCUUAAAACCGAAAUAUCUUAAUAGUUCAAAGACUAAACGAACUUAUAAUUUAAUAAAGUGGUUAAGGAAUGUUUCAAAUUAUAGUUAUGAGCAAAGAGAUUACCAAUCCUUAUCUCCUCUCAGUCCUUCAGCAAUCAGAUUGAUAGUUGCUAAACGGCACCCAGCAAUAUAUUCAGAACCUAAUAAUAAUGUAGGGAGUUUUUGGCGGACUUUAAUCUCUAGGAAAUAUUGCGCAUUUCUUCUAGACCCUGUUACCAAGAUCUUUGUGUUAUUGGCUUUUAUUUUAUUGCUCGGAAUGUCUAUUUACGGUUUUAUUAAUAUGGAGUCCGGAUUAGAACUCAAAGACUUAUCUCCAAAUAGUUCAUAUCUUCGACAGUAUGAUUAUUUACAAGAACAAUAUUUUGGCAAAUAUGAUAUCCCGGUGUUUAUCAUGUUUCCAAAACAAACCCCAUGGUGGAAUCAGGGAGCAAUUAAUGCUUUAAGGGUAUUAGAUGAACUAAUCGGUAACAGUGAAGAAACAAAGUUUUACAGCGAUCCACUUACAAGAAUGAUAGAUGAUGAUAGCAUUAGGCAUCUUUUUAUUACCGAAAGUAAAGAAAGAUUUGAAUCUAUUUUAUACGCUGAAUUGUCUAAGCCCGGUGGCAAAUACAAACAAUUCCAAAAUGAUUUUAUAUUCGAAGGUAGAAACUUAAUGUCAUGGAAAAUUACUUUGUUUCCCAAAGGAAUGAAGUCAUCUCAAGAAAGAGCAAAUUGGAUGAAACUUAUUAGAGAACAAUGUGGAAUAGUCGAUAGUGUGCAGUUUAUUCCAAUCAUAGCUAUUCCAUGGAACUACAUGAUGCUUUUUUACGAGUCUGAUCUUUAUGUUUCUACAUCAGUUAUAAGUUCAAUCAGUACGGCAAUUAUAAGCAUGUUAGUUGUUGCGUUAAUAUUGAUACCUGAUAUUACAACAGGUCUGAUUGUUUUGAUAAUGAUGCUAUUAAUUGAUCUGUCGGUUAUGGGAUUCAUGUAUUAUUGGGAUAUAAAAUUGCAAAUGAUAUCCAUGAUUUGUAUCGUCAUCAGCAUUGGUUUUAGUAUUGAUUACAGUGCUCAUAUUAGUCAUUCUUUUACGCACUGUCAAGGAAAGACAAAAAAUUUUAGGAGUACAGAGUGUCUUGUUUUGAUGGGGACGCCAGUACUUCACGGGGCUGCUUCUACUCUCGUUGGAAUUCUUAUAUUAGGAUUUAGUGAAUCCUUCAUUUUUCGACUUUUUUUCAAAAUGUUAACCAUGACCUUGGUAUUCGGUAUAUUGCACGGUUUAAUAUUAUUACCAGUUAUUUUGUCGUUAAUUGGCAAAAUGCCAAAAGUAGUAAUUUUACCACCCAAUAAAUUUUUUGCACGAAUUUCUCAUUCUGAACAUGACAAUGCGGAUUAUAUUACAAACAAAGAAAACCAAGGGUAUGCUUUUAAUAAAGGUUAUAACAAACAGUUGAAAAAAUCUGAAACUACAGAUAAAAUAUGCGAAGAUAUAAUUUCAUGGCCUGAAUGGGACAUUGCUGCUCCUAUUAAAAUCGAUUAUGGCUCUAAACCAUUGAAUUCUGUCAGUAAUAAAUCGCCUAUUAAAUUAUAUUCAAGUGAUCUGAAAGAAUUAAAUUCUAGUUUCGGGUUUAUAAAUAAUGAUAAAUAUAAUUUAAAAGAAGGGGCCAUUGAUGUUUGUAGCCAAGCAAGAGGUUCAAUUACUUCUAAAGCAGAUAAAAUUCAUAUUUGUUCGUUUCAUGAUUUGCAGAAAAGCUCAUACAAGGCUAGUUCAACCAUAUCGCACAUUCAGAAAAACACUGAUGUAACUGCUAGUUUAAACAUAAUAUCUGGUGACAAUUAUUCGACAAUGAUCCAGCCUAAUGACCAAUCUGCUUUACUUCAUAAACCAAACGUAAUUUACGGACAGAAUUCUACCAAUUUAACAAAUUUGGACUUGAACCACAAUUAUUUAAGUGACGUUUAUGAACCAAGUUUAAACAUAAUACAAACAUCUAACUCAGCCAAUCGUAAUAUAAAAUCUGUUUCUUACACCCCCAAAGUAUCUUUGUAUAAAUAA